AUGGCGACCGACACUCGAGAGGCUCAUCAGCCCAUACAUCUGUCCAUUCGAUCAUCGCUUGAUUCGGAGUACGCCACAUUUCAUGAUGAGCAUAUCCAAUAUGUACUUCCAUCUGAGGCCACGCCAUGGGAUCCCAAAUCUCGGGAUCGCCCUUCACCCAUGGCGCUGGGGGAUCAGAAACAUGUGGAAGUAGGAGCAGUCUUUGACAAGGAUAUUGGCAACUUCCAAGUCCGAGUCUUCACUCCCGAGGGAGCUACGCCAGAAGGCGGAUGGCCGGCGUUGAUAUGGCUUCAUGGGGGUGGAUGGGUGAUGGGCGGGUUAGGAAGCGAGAACGGAUUUCUCAAGCAUGUUUGCAAGUAUGUAAACUGCGUGGUGGUAUCCGUCAACUAUCGCCAUGCACCCGAGCACGUCUAUCCAGCCGCUGCCAACGACGUACUCGAGGCCUUCCAAUGGAUCGUAGAAGACAACAAUUCAGAGACACUUUGCAUCAACACAUCAAAGUUGGCAAUCGGGGGAUUAUCAGCUGGCGGCUGUCUAACGGCAAUCCUGUCGCUCAAGAUAUCGAAGCUCGCUAUUUUGCCGAAACCAGUCUUCCAAGUAAUGAUAUGCCCCGUCAUAGACAACACCGCGACGACAGACACGAUCUGGUACGGGUCUCAGCACGCGCCGUGGCUGACCCCCUCCCGCAUGACUUGGUACCGUGAGAAAUACUUCUCGCUUCCUUCUGAGGCAGCGAAUUGGGACGCAUCCCCGUGCUUCGCGCCGCCGGACUUGCAAGCGAAGAGUCCAAAGACCUUCAUCGGUGUCUCAGAAUGUGAUCUGCUCGCACCCGAGGCGCUUCGGUACGCUGAGGUGUUGGAGCAAGCCGGGGUGGACACCACUGUAAAGGUCUACAAGGGGGCUACACAUAGCAUCCUGGUUCUCGCUGGCAUCCACCAGAUUGGGAAGAAGCUGGUCCAUGAUGUCUGUGGAGCUUUGUCUCAAGCGCUUGGAACCCUCUACGAUGCCUCAGAGUCACCUAUAUUACCGUUAAACAGCUAG